AAGGCGAUACUUCCCGGUUCCUUCUUACAUUUCUUCAAUCUGCCGUCUCUCCUCCGUCAACCUUCUCUCUCCUCACCGUCAAUUACAGUGAACACGAUCUAUCCUUCUCUCUCUUUGAUCUUCUUCUUUGGAUUCUCUUCAUGGCGAAAACAGCAACACAAUAGCUUUGUUUUCUUCCUCAUUUGUACUUUCAAACAGUUCAACUUCUGCUGCUGCUGCUGCUGAUGCACAGGAUUAAUCCGGCGGAUCAGUUACAACAGAGUAUUAUCUCAGAUCGAACUUCGAAACAACUAGUUUGAGGGUGCUAUACUGUGUGUCAUGGAGUUGUGUAGCUCCUAUAGAGAAUUGUAAAUAUACUCUGUUUGAGCUUGUAUAACUUAUAACUUGGUUCAAUUUUUGAGGUUGUUACCCUAUGCAUAUGGGACAUAUGGACGACACAAUAGACCUUGAUUCUGAUGAGGAGGUACCUUUUAGCUCAUCACAAGCUUCAAACAAACCACGAUCUUUUGAUUUUGAAGCAUCUCGUGUUGUGCCACAUGCAAAGUUCACUUGGAAGUUUAUUAAACAGAUAAGGAAUGGACCUCUCAUGAGUAUCUACAUUGUCCUAAUCAAAGCAAAGAUUAAUGUGCUACUUCCUUUUGGACCUCUGGCAAUAUUGAUGCACUAUCUUACUGGAAAACAUCAGGGAUGGGUCUUCUUCUUCAGCUUAUUAGGCAUCACACCUUUGGCAGAACGCCUGGGUUACGCAACUGAGCAACUAACGUUUUUUACAGGGCCCACUCUUGGAGGCCUUCUAAAUGCUACAUUUGGCAACGCAACGGAAAUGAUAAUAUCAAUAUAUGCAUUGAGGAAAGGGAUGACCAGGGUUGUGAAACAAUCUUUACUGGGAUCUAUCUUGUCUAAUAUGUUAUUAGUGCUUGGAUGCGCCUUCCUAUCUGGUGGGCUCACAAAUCGCGACAAAGUUCAGCGUUUCAAUAAGGCAGCUGCUGCUGUGAACUCUGGGUUGUUGCUGAUGGCAGUUAUGUGUAUAUUGUUUCCAGCUGUACUUCAUUUCACACACACGGAGUUGCAUACAGGGGAGUCCGAGUUAUAUCUUUCUAGGUUUAGUAGUUGCAUUAUGUUGGUGGCAUAUGCUAGCUACCUAUUCUUUCAGCUUAGGAGUCAAAACACUCAUCAUCUUGCUGAUGAGGUCCCCACAGAAGAGGAAAGAAACUCUAAUGUGGAAAGUUCUGAAGAGGAAGAAGUUCCUGAGAUUACUCAAUUAGAAUCAAUGGUGUGGCUUGGAAUAUUGACUUUGUGGAUAUCUUUGCUGUCCGGGUAUCUAGUUGAUGCUAUACAGGGAGCAUCAGACUCAUGGAACUUGCCUUUAUCCUUUAUAAGUGUCAUCAUACUUCCAAUAGUAGGGAAUGCCGCAGAACAUGCAAGUGCCAUUAUGUUUGCCGUUAAGGACAAGCUUGACAUCACCCUAGGAGUGGCAAUUGGAUCAUCCACACAGAUAUCUAUGUUUGUUAUUCCCUUUUGCGUUGUUGUUGGUUGGUGCAUGGGGAAGCCAAUGGACUUGAAUUUUCAACUUUUUGAGACAGCCUCGCUGUUUAUAACGGUGCUAGUCGUGUCGUUUUUGCUACAGGAUGGGACAUCAAAUUAUUUCAAAGGGUUAAUGCUUAUUUUAAGCUAUCUCAUUGUUGCUGCAAGUUUCUUUGUACAUGUUGAUACUACGGAUGAUGAUGCUUAAAAUGUUUACAUAUGGAGAUUGCAUUCAGUUUAUGGCCAUGAAAGUACGAGAGGAGGUAGUAGUAAUAGUAAGACGAAUUUCCCCUACCUGAAAUUUCCGCGUUUCUUGUGAUUUUCAUUUUUAAUACAUAGAUCUAUAUAAGAAUGUGCUCAUAUCAUGGCUUGUGUAUAAGCAACUAAUCAAUCAAUCAAUCCUCUUAUCCUAAAGAGAAAAAAAAGAAAAGAAAGAGGGGAAGGGUGUAAUCUACAUUUGUUCACAUGAUCGUAUAUUCUUUGAAUUGACUGUUCUUACAUAACCUUUUUGUUUUAAGGAUGGUAAUGAGUAAUGUUAAGUGAAGGAUAUGUGUGUUCUUAGU